AUGCAAUCGGAACAGGAUCUCUUUCUGCUCUGGCAACCGACCGACUCUGUCUCGGACUGGUCCGAUUCCGACUCGGACUCGGGCGCAAAGUCGUCCUUCACAAGCUCUCUAAAGAUUAUCUCCUCUUCGGGUGCAGAGUCAGACUCGCGAGUCGUUUUCGCAUUGGACCAGUUCGCGGAACUUGCCCAGCUCUGCUUCGUACGGCUCGCCCCCGUAAUGGUCCAGCGACAUGUCCUCGCUGGACGGCAUGUGGUUCCAAACGUCAGCGUCGUCCACAAGGAAGUUCUCAAGGUCCAAAAAGGCGUCCCUGUUCAGUCUCACCAAACACAGCCGCGACUUGUAGUCUGUGGCCACCUGGAACUGCACCUUGGUGGAACGGAACAGGCUGAACACGUCAGAGGGACUAGGCACGUCUGUCACCACCAGAAACAAAAUGUCACCGUUUCUGAUGAUUACGUUUUCAUCCGGUUCCAACUUGAGAGGUUCUUGUCUCUUGUGGGCCAAAACAUAAGACCCGUGUUGGGAAACGUCCCUAACAUACAGCCCCAAUAG